GCAGCAGCCCAACCGCCGCCGCCGCCACCAACGCCGCGCCCGCUUCCGGUCCAGCCCCGCCCAUCUCCUCCUCUUCCUCUUCCCUCGUCGCGCGAACGCUGCCAGGCCCUCUCGCCGUGUCCCCUGUCAGGGCGGCAGCCGCUAUGUCCGACAAGGAGUUCAUGUGGGCCCUCAAGAACGGAGACCUGGACGAGGUGAAGGACUACGUGGCCAAGGGUGAAGAUGUUAAUCGGACACUUGAAGGUGGGAGGAAACCUCUUCACUAUGCUGCAGACUGUGGACAGCUUGAGAUCCUGGAGUUCCUUCUACUAAAAGGAGCUGAUAUGAAUGCUCCAGACAAACACAAUAUCACUCCACUCCUUUCAGCAGUUUAUGAAGGCCAUGUGUCUUGUGUGAAGUUACUCCUGUCAAAGGGUGCUGAUAAGACUGUGAGAGGGCCAGAUGGUCUAACUGCCUUUGAAGCCACUGACAAUCAGGCAAUCAAAGCUCUUCUCCAGUGACGGAUGGACUGAGAUCUAAUGUCUCUCCUGUGGCCUCACACUGCUGCCUGUCUGUCACUCUUUGUAUCUUCCAGCUUCUUCAGCUAAAUAUUGGGGAGGGAGGAAAAAAAAUCACAGUAAAUCAGACUAGUUAGGUACCUCUAUCAAAAAGACAACCUGCUUGGAGAAAGUAGAAAUCCAUAUAAUUGGUUUCGCCUUAGUACA